UGAAGGUUCUUGAUCUGUCGGACUGCAGAAAGUUGAAAGAAACUCCUAAGCUCUCUGCAUUUUUAUUAUUAGAAAAAUUAAUUCUAAAAGGGUGUCAAAUGCUUACGAAACUUUCCGACUCGAUCGGCAUGCUGAAAUAUUUAGUUGAAUUGGAUGUCUCAAACACAAACAUUGUAGAGUUGCCAAAUAGCAUUGUCAACAUAAAGAGCUUGAAAGUGUUGAAUAUUAACGGUAGUUGCAUGCAAAAGUUACCUGAUGCCAUUGAGAAGAUGAAAAAACUUGAGGAAAUUUAUGGAGUAGGUUGUCGGCAGCUGGAAGUGACUUCUUAUGGUAUUCGGGAACUACAUUAUUUCCAGUUGAUGAAAUCAAUUAAAACUCGUGAGGAGAAUGUACCGAAGCUUCCACGGAGUUUGGUAAGUCUAUGUCUAUAUUCACAUGUUUUAGAAAAAGAUUCGGAGAUCUCCAAUUUAGCGAGUCUAAAAAAUCUAAAAUUAUGUUUUCUCAUAACAUACUAGAAGUUACAUUUUAUAAGAGUUGUGUUAGUUAUAUUCUGUGUUUUUAUUAUUCAAUGUCGGGGUAAUUUAAAGAAAGAUCCAUGUUAUUUUAUCGAUUGAUGGGGAUAGCGUUGGAAAAAAUGAAGGGUGACAGAGUGGUUUUGGCUUAAGUUAGGAAUGCAUGUAGAGAGUAUUUGUAAAGUUAUUUUUGUUGAAUGAUUGCUUAGUCAAUAUAUUUGCUUAUGUCUUGCAAAACUAAUAUAAAUUAAACUUAUCGGAUAUACCUAAUCAUUUGACAGGCGACUACAAGAUUGAAGGUCCUUUAUUUGUUGGAUUGCAAAAUGUUGAAAAAAACUCCUGAGCUCUCUGCAUUUUUAUCCUUAGAAUUUCUAAUUCUAAAGGGGUGUACAAUGCUUACGAAACUUUCCGACUCAAUCGGAAUGCUGAAAUAUUUAGUUGAGUUGGAUGUCUCAGGCACAAACAUUGUAGAGUUGCCAAAUAGCAUUGCCAAUCUAAUGAGCUUGAAAGUGUUGAGGGUUAACGGUAGUGGUAUACAAAAGUUACCUGAGUGCAUUGGGAUGUUGGAGAAACUUGUGGAAAUUUAUGGAGUAGGUUGCAAGCAGCUAGAAGUGUUUCCUAGUGAUAUUGUGAGACUACAAUCCUUGGAAAUUUUGAAAUUAACGGAAACUUGCAUGGAGAAUAUACCGGAGCUUCCACAGAGUUUGGUGGCUACCAGAUUGAAGGUUCUUGAUUUGUCAGACUGCAGAAUGUUGAAAGAAACUCCUGAGCUCUCUGCUUUUUUAUCCUUAGAACAAUUAAUUCUAAAUGGGUGUCAAAUGCUUACAAAACUUUCCGACUCGAUCGGAAUGCUGAAAUAUUUAGUUAAGUUGGAUGUCUCAUUCACAAGAAUUGUUGAGUUGCCAAAUAGCAUUGUCAAUAUAAAGAGUUUGAAAGUUUUGAAGAUUGACGGGAGUUGCAUGCAAAAGUUACCUAAUGCCAUUGGGAUGAUGGAGAAACUUGAGGAAAUUUAUGGAGAAGGUUGCCGGCAGCUGGAAGUGAUUCCAAGUGAUAUUGUGAGACUAUCAUACUUGCAGAUUUUGAAAUUAACAGAAACUCGUAUGGAGAAUAUACCAAAGCUUCCAGAGAGUUUGGUAAGUCUAUGUCUGUCCUCAACAGUCUCGGAAAAAGCUCCUGAGAUCUCCAACUUAGUGAAUUUAAGAAAUUUGGAAUUUUGUUUUCCCCUUACAUACCUUGUGUGUCCCAGGAUUCCAAAAAGUUACAUGUCCAACCCAUAUUGUAGGUUAGAACUUUCAAUUUUCACCAGCAGAAGCUCAUAUUUGGGUUGCUUUCAUUGUCUAAAAGAACUUGAACUUGAGAACUGUGACAACUUGCGUUGUGUUGGACAUCUGCCCUCUGAUUUGAGGGUAUUUACAGUUACCAAUUGCAGAUUUCUUGAAGUUGUGGACCUUUCCAACUUAUCUAACUUCAAGAAUCUCGAGGACCUUACAGUAUGGGAUUGUUCGAGUCUAGUUGAAAUUCGAGGUCUUGACAGACUGGAAUCAUUGAAAAGUCUUUACAUCAAACACUGCAGUCCCUUGCUUUGUUUACCUGAUCUAUCCACCUGGAAGGAGCUGGCGGAGUGGGAUGUUGAUGCUCUUGUGACAGAUUUGGCGAGAGGAAAACAAGUAGCUCGAAGUGAUGAUCUCCCACUCUAGCACUUCAAAAAAGCUUAUAGGAUUGGCAAAUCCUUAUUAUGUUGGCUCGUGUUUUAUUUGAUCCGUGAUACUAGUAGGUUCCUUUUAUUUAUUUAUUUUUGGGUCAUGGAGGAUUUCAUGUGCUGAGGCCUCUACUUUUGAUGAACAAAGGAUACAUACGUUGUUAGGCCUCUUAGAACUUUGUUGGAACUUUUUGGGCCUAUGAUAUUAUUGGGUUUUGACCACGCAAUGCAAAUCCCAAAACAUUGUAUCCUAUGUAGAAUAGCCACAUUCUUGGCCA